AGACGACUUCCUUGCUCUUCAGUUUGUGAUGAACUGCAAUCUAAUAUAAAGAGACGUAGAGUAGCAGUAGAAAAAAAAAAAAAAAAAGUUGUACAAUGAGUGGCAGACGCGGGCACAGUGAGCGGGGGCGAGGUCUGCUGUGUGGUGGUGCCAAAACAAACCCACGUGGUUCAACGCUCACUCACCAGCAGACGUCACCACAACAGGAGUCUUGUCACCACCACCACCAUGGAAGUAGUGAACAGCAAAGGAGCAGUGUUAAGUAACUACGAGGUAUUCACACUGCUGCAGGAGGUGUGCCAGCAGAGCAGCAAAGGGAAGCGCAACAUUACUAUGACCCAGACCCACCUGGCCAACAUUGCCUUUGAUACGCUAAAAUACUUGGAGAAGACGCCAUGCAAGGGCCAAAGUCCAGAGGUUAUCCACAGAUUUCUUGAGGCCACCAAAGACUUCAAGCUGACCAAAGCUGAGAAACUGCAACUGAUCAACCUGAGGCCAACGACACCAGUGGAGAUGCAGCUGAUCAUUGAGGAGAGUGAGGACCGGCUGACAGAGGAGCAGGUGGAGGAGCUCAUCUCCCUGGUGGAGCUGCACUUACCAGACCCGGCCUCAACACCACAGAUGGCCAAUGGGCCACAAUAACCCUCGGCCCCCUUGCUAACACUUAUUUAUAAAUUAUGUUUUGUUUUUUAUGGAAUAAAUUUUUGUAUUAA